UUCAAUCCAGAACAAUCAUAGAAAGAUGGCAUACAAGUUUGUUUGUUUAUUAGCCUGCAUUGCAGCAACAAAUGCAGGAUAUGUUGCACCAUAUGCUGGACACGGAUCAUAUUUAGCACCCGCAGCUGUAGCAAUUGCACCAACAUACCAUUCUGGCUACGCUCCACUUGCCAAAGCUGUAGUUCUUGAUCAUCAUGCACCAGCUCAUUACAGUUAUGAAUAUGGAGUAGCUGAUCCACACACUGGUGACGUAAAAUCUCAACAUGAAACACGUGAAGGUGAUGUUGUUAAAGGAUACUACACUUUAAAUGAAGCUGAUGGAACCAAACGUAUUGUUCACUACACCGCUGAUCCACAUAAUGGUUUCAAUGCUCAUGUAGAACGUGCUGGUCAUGCAGUACAUGCUGUUCCAGUUAAAGCUGUUCAUGCACCAGUAGCCAUUGCUCCAGUAGCUAAAGCUAUCUACCCAGCUUAUGGUGGUUAUGCUGGUUAUGGUUAUGGACAUGGUGCCCCAGCAGUAUCAUAUGCAUCGGUUGCUGCCCCACUUGCCUAUGGACACCACUACUGAAGUCUAUUUAAGUCUUUAUUCUUUGUAUAUACCUGAAAUUUUAAAAUAUAUUACCUUUGUAAAUUAUAA